AUGUCGAUUGGAAGAAUUCCUGAGUUUGACCUACAUAAGGACGAUUGGAGGUCAUACGUCGACCGCCUCGAACAAUAUUUUGUUGUCAACAAAAUUUCGGAGGAUUUACAAGUUCCGACGUUAAUUACCGUGAUGGGAGCCGAGUGUUACGAACUGUUAGUGAAUUUAUGUACUCCAACCAAACCAAAAGAUAAAUCUUUUUUGGAAAUCACAAACAUUCUAGAAAAACAUCUCCAACCAAAACCAAGUACCCUCGCAGAAAGAUAUAAAUUCCGGCAUAGGAAACAAAAAAGUUGUGAAACAAUAGCUGAGUAUGCAGCAAUAUUGAAGAGAAUGUCGAAAUCUUGUGAAUUUGGUCAAUGGUUGGAAGAAAGUUUAAGAGAUCAGCUGGUGUGCGGUAUUCUAAGUGAAACGAUAAGGCAACGACUAUUCGCAGAAGGCACGUUGGAAUAUGGGAAAGCGUAUAGCUUGGCAGUGAACAUGGAGGCGGCGGAGAAGGAUGCAGCGGCUGUGGAAGGAUACGGGCAAGGUGAAUCGUCGGGCAGCUCGAGCACGGCUGAGUGCCAGGCGAUGGCAGCGACUCGAAGUGGCAACGGACGCGGUCGGCCAGGGAGGACGGCACCUACGGCAUCGAGGUGGCAGCGGCAGCAAGGAAAAGCAGCGGACGGAGCACAACAAUGUGCUGCGUGCGGUGGACCCCAUGGCGGCACGAAGUGUCGGUUCGCGGCAUAUGUGUGCAGAGUAUGUAAUCGUAAGGGGCAUCUACGUCGGAUGUGCCCAAACCUGACGACGUACCAUCACGUAGACAUCGGAACACCUAAAGUGGUCGAAUCGGACGAGACGGACAGUGACGAGGUAAGAAUAUUUGAUAUAAAAAAAUUAUCCAUAGAAGAGUGUACACCGCUAUGUAUUUCAAUCAACGUUCACGGAAAAGAUAUUGACAUGGAGUGUGACACGGGUAGCGCCGUAUCUUGUAUAAGUUACAAAUUUUAUAAACAUAAUUUUAGUGAUUUACCUAUCAGCAAAUGUAAUGUUUUACUUAGAUAUUACACAGGUGAAAUAGUUCGUCCGGUGGGGGUGGCUACGCCACUAGUGAGGUAUAAAAAUACACAAAAAAAAUUAAAUUUGUUCAUAAUCAGAGAUGGUAAAACCGUUCUUUUGGGUCGACAGUGGUUAGCCGAACUUAAAAUUCAACUACCAGUGUUUCAGUAUCACGAUGUAAACAAUGUUAAUUAUAAGGAUUUUGACGAAAGUAAUUUUAUGUAUAGAUUCAGUGAAGUAUUUGCGGAUGGGCUUGGACGGUUCAGCGGCGGGCGGGUUAGCAUCCACCUGCGGCAGGGGGCGCGGCCGGUGUUCAUGCGCGCGCGUCCUCUGGCGUAUGCGCUGCGGGAACCGGUGGAGCGAGCGCUCGAGCAGCUGGUGCGAGACGGCGUCCUCACGCCGGUGGAGCGCUCCGACUGGGCCACACCCAUUGUACCCGUUCUCAAAAAGGAUGGUAAUAUUAGAAUAUGCGCUGAUUAUAAAUUAACACUGAAUAAAGUGCUAGAAGUCGACCGUUAUCCCUUGCCACGCAUAGAUGAUUUGUUAUCGCGUUUACAUGGCGGUGAACGUUUCAGUAAGAUUGAUUUAUCUCAGGCGUACGCUCAGUUUGAGCUUGACGAAUCAAAAAAGUAUACGGUUAUCAAUACACAUAAGGGUUUAUACAUGUACAAUCGACUAGUUUACGGCUUGUCGUCGAGUCCAGGAAUUUUUCAAAAAUACUUAGAAGAAUUAUUGACAGGGUUACCGAACGUGGGUGUGUUUUUAGAUGACGUAAUUAUAACGGGUCCUGAUAGUCGUAGUCACAUAAAAAAUUUAUAUAAAGUGUUCGAGCGAUUGCAGUCUCACGGGUUGCGCGUUAAGAAAGAAAAAUGUGUAUUUUUCGCAGAAUCUAUUAACUACUUAGGGCACGUCAUUAGUAAAGAGGGUGUUCACACGUGUCCGGAAAAAGUCUGGGCAAUUGUAAACACGCCUGCACCCACCAAUAUUUCAGAACUGCGAUCUUUCAUCGGGCUAGUAAUGUAUUAUGUUAUGGCCGCUUCGAGAUUACAGCGUUGGGCAGUAUUAUUGUCGGGAUACAAUUAUGACAUAGAAUAUGUAAGUUCACACAAAAAUUGUGCAGAUGCGUUAUCUUGUUUGCCGCAACCGGUACAUAAACGGCUUCCGAAGUCGGAGGAAAUGAAUUACAUUAAUUUCGUAGAAAAUUUUCUCCCGGUCACAAAUGAUGACGUCAGAACGGCAACAGCAAGCGAUCCGGAAUUAAGUAGAAUUUUAACCUAUGUUCAGUCCGGAUGGCCCGCGUCCUGCCCAAAAGAAGUGUUGCAGCAAUAUUAUAUUAAACGUAAUGAACUAUACAUAGAUAGGGGCUGUAUUAUGUGGGGUUACCGCUUGGUGAUACCGCGCACUUUAAGAAAAAAAAUACUUAUGCAAUUACAUACUGGUCACAUGGGCAUUGUUAAAACUAAGUCCAUAGCUCGAAGUUACGUAUGGUGGCCUAAUAUAGAUACAGACGUCGAAUCCGAAUGCCGAGCAUGUGAGACGUGCGCGGUGGAGUCACAAGCACCCCCGCGCACCCCACCGCAGCCUUGGCCGUACCAUUUGCAGCCAUGGAGCAGACUCCAUAUAGAUUUUUUAGGCCCUUUUAACGGAAAAAAAUUUCUUAUUUUAAUAGACUCCAGUACGAAAUGGCUAGAAGUGUUUGAAAUGCCAAAAACAAAUGCUACAGCGGUUAUUAAGGUAUUACGGUGUACGUUCGCAAGAUUCGGCUUACCACUAGAGCUAGUAUCGGAUCAAGGGCCACCCUUCACUAGCGCGGAAUUUAAGGAGUUUUUAACACGAAAUGGUAUUCAGCAACGUUUCUCGCCUGCUUAUCACCCGUCUUCGAAUGGCGCCGCGGAAAAUGCUGUAAAUAUUUGUAAAAAAGCAAUAAAAAAAGCACAUAGGGAAUCAAUCGAUGUUGACGCCGCGUUGCAAACAUUUUUACUUACUUAUCGUAACAGUAUACACAGCAGCACAGGUGAAAGCCCUUCAAUGCUGUUACAAAAACGAACGUUACGAUCACGGCUAGACUUAUUACGAAGCGAUCGCGCGCUCAUAAAUAAGGUAAAUCAGGCUCAAAGUAAGCAAGUGGAGUACACGGGCGGGGUGCAGCGCUCGUUUGCACCGGGGGAACCUGUGUGGGUGCGAGAGUACGGCCACAAGGAUAGGUGGGUGAAGGGAACGAUAGUUCAUGGCGAAGGUUCGAGGAGAUAUUCUGUGGACAAGGGGGACAGUCGACAAGUAGUUAAGCACGUGGAUCAAAUCAAGCGCAGAUCAGGGUUGUACGACAUACCAUUCCCUGAGGAGCAAAGCGAGUCAAUGAGGGUACAAAUACCUGAUAGUAGUGGCUCGGCGAGAGACGGAAUGUCGAAGGAGGACGACGGCCCGGACACAUCUCCGACUACGGUUGUGGGUGAUUCGGGAAAGGAGAGGAAACGGGUUUCGAGUGAACGCAUUAAAAGUCCUGGAAUCGAUUAUAGUACACCGCCAACGUCACCUAGUGCACCGUCGCCUGAACCGCCUCGAGCCCGAUCCGGGCGAGUUCGUAAACCUGUUGUUAGGUUUCAAGUUUAG